UCAUGUGGCUCGUGUCUCAGCCCUCACAGGUGAACCACCGAAUGGAUGGCUUCCAAGAAUUACACUGUGGUGACUGAGUUCUUCCUUACUGCAUUCACUGAACAUCCUGAGUGGGGACUUCCUCUCUUCCUGUUAUUUUUGAGUUUCUAUCUGGCCACUCUGUUAGGGAAUGCAGGCAUGAUCAUCCUGAUCCGCAAAGAUCACCAGCUCCACACCCCGAUGUACUUCUUCCUCAGCCACCUUUCCUUGGUGGACAUCAGCUACUCAUCUGUUAUCGUCCCGCAGAUGCUGGCUGUGCUGUGGGAACAAGGUGCAGUCAUCUCCCAGGCUCGCUGCGCAGCUCAGUUCUUCCUCUUCACCUUCUUUGCUUCCAUCGACUGCUACCUCCUGGCAAUCAUGGCCUAUGACCGCUAUGUGGCUGUGUGCCAGCCCCUGCUUUACGUCACCGUAAUGACAGAGAAGUACCGCGUGGGCUUGGUUGCUGGGGCUUACAUUGCUGGUUUUUCCAGUGCCCUUAUUCGAACGAUCACAGCUUUCACUCUCUCCUUCUGUGGAAGCAAUGAGAUCAACUUCAUUUUCUGUGAUCUCCCUCCUCUGCUAAAACUCACGUGUGGGGACAGCUAUGCCCAGGAGGUGGUGAUUAUUGUGUUUGCUGUUUUUGUCAUGCCUGCUUGUAUCUUGGUGAUCUUGGUGUCCUACUUGUUUAUCAUAGUCGCCAUUAUGCAGAUCCGCUCUGCUGGAGGCCGGGCCAAGACCUUCUCCACCUGUACCUCCCAUCUCACUGCCGUUGCCCUCUUCUUUGGCACCCUCAUCUUCAUGUACCUGCGAGAUAACUCAGGCCAGUCUUCAGAGGGAGACCGAGUGGUGUCUGUGCUCUACACAGUGGUGACCCCAAUGCUGAAUCCACUCAUUUAUAGCCUGAGAAAUAAAGAGGUAAAGGAGGUCAUUAUGAAAUCCCUGAGCGGGGCAAAGGCUUCUGGAAGGCCCUAGAUGAUCCCUCAUAAAAUGUGCCAUUCCUUAGUAUCUCUAUGCCUUCUGUCUUUCCUCAAACACCAUCUUCUUUGGUAGG